CGACGGCGCACUGUUGGUUCAUUCGGAAGAUGGCGGCGUGCAGAGGAGGAUGAGGGCGCUGGGGAGGCGGUGAGAGGUUUCCGUACGGCCCGAGCCUGCGGCUUGGGGAUUCCUUCUCCCUGUGUCCUGCUCUCAGGUUUUGUGCCGGUCGUCUUCCCAGGCCCUUUAGUGCGAUGUGGAGGAGCUGCCUCCGGCUGCUGAACGGGGGGCGCCGCCUUCUUAACCGGCCCCGGGGUGGUCUCUCCGCCUCCGUGGGGCCGAGAUCAAACCCCCAGCCCCCAGCCCGUGCCUACGUUCCCCCGACAGAAAGGAAGAGGUUUUAUCAGAAUGUCAGCAUCACACAGGGUGAAGGUGGCUUUGAGAUAACCUUGGACCACCGGAAGCUGAAAACUCCCCAAGCCAAGCUCUUUACUGUCCCCAACGAGGCCCUGGCAAUUGCAGUGGCCACUGAAUGGGACUCCCAGCAGGACACCAUCAAGUUCUACACCAUGCACCUGACCACACUGUGCAACACGUCUUUAGACAACCCAACCCAGAGAAACAAGGACCAGCUGAUCCAGGCGGCUGUGAAGUUUCUGGACACCGACACCAUCUGCUACAGGGUGGAAGAGCCAGAGACAUUAGUGGAACUUCAAAAGAACGAGUGGGACCCAAUCAUAGCAUGGGCCGAAGAGAGAUAUGGUGUGGAGAUUGGCUGCUCCACCAGCAUAAUGGGGCCCAGCAUCCCAACCAGGACUCGGGAGGUGUUCAUCAGCCACCUGGCAUCUUACAACAUGUGGGCCCUACAAGGGAUUGAGUUUGUAGUGACCCAGCUCAAGUCCAUGGUGCUCACGUUGGGCCUGAUUGACCUGCGCUUGACAGUGGAGCAGGCCGUGCUACUAUCACGUCUGGAGGAGGAGUACCAGCUUACUUGGCCACAGAUUUCUUCUAAGAGUAAUGCCUGUCAAAGUCACAGGGGUGUGCAGAGCCCUCAAGGAGCAGCAGCUGCUCCUGGAUCCGAGCCACUCCACUGUUCUAUGGGCUUCACUGGACUCCACAGCGGUAGCUCUUGCAGCUAUAAAGACAUUUCUUUCAAAGGGACUUCUUGAGGGUGGGAGGAUAGCUGGAGAAAGGCACAGUAGGUUCCCCCGCAAAGCCCGCCGCCAUGCUGGUGGCCCCAUGCUCACAUGGGGUCAGAUGAUUCUGUCGCUGUGCCCAGGGCACCUGAUGAUACCAAGGCCCACUCCUCCAGGGAGAGACAGGCAGAGAUCCGUCCUGCUCAGCUGAUGGGAUAGGGACUGCUGCUGCCAGUGCCCCCUGCCAAGGGUGGGCCUUCAGGUCCCAGCCAGGACCUUAUCCCAGCUACCCUAUCCAUGGACUGCUGGCCUGGGUCACACCCACUGUCGCUUGAGCAGACUCUGGGGACUUACAAGUCCUCUCUGUGGUGUGGCCCUGAGCACUAGCCCUGUUCAUGCCACUGGACACCCACGUGGUGUUUAGAGCACCCAGGAACAAAUCUGACCUGCUGCCUCCUAAAUGUGCCACUGGCUCACUGCAGCACAAGACUAGCUCUGUGCCUUUGGCCCCACGGAGGGAAACGGUGGUAUGCUCGCUGUCACACUGACCUUGCCAUGGGCAGCUAUGGCUGCCAGAGCCACUCGGAUGCCCUCACUACCAGCUCCAGGCCUUCUCCUCGAGCAUGUGCAUUCUGCUUUUGCUUCCGAAGCAGGAAGGACUUUAGAAGACAGACUUGGCCCUGAGUAUGGCAUGAGCUGAUCAUAAUCACUUAACUGAAUGAGAAGAGUUUGCAGUGACUUUUAUCAUGAUAUGCUCACUGACAGUUAGGUAAUAAAAGCUAGACCUUUCUCUCACCAAGGGCCCUAUUUCCUUAUCUGAACACCUCACACCUCUGUUGUGCUACAGACUCUGAGUCAUUGUCUGUGUGCAAAUCACAACUUUACUACUUACACCCUCGUGUAUCUUUGGGCAGGUUCCUGUCAUCUCUGGGCCUUGGCGACCUCAUCUGUAAGGGGGAACCAUAAUAGUACCUAUUUUACUGUAUUGAUGUGAAGAUUAAAAGAGCAAAUGUGUGUCCAGUGCUUUUAAGGUAGC